AGUAAAGGCUUUAAAGUGCUGCUGGCAGGAGUGGUUGAUGGUUGCGCCUGGAGGGUCAUGCCCUGGGACUUGUGCGCUUUGCGGUGCUUGGAGUUGGAGAUAUUCUGCCAUUUCUGCCCCACCUUGAUCCUGGUGCUGGGGGACUCUUCCAGGCACCAAGAAGAGUGGGCACCAUGAACCAAGUGGAUGCGCCACGGCCAAUCAACUGGACUAUCAGGAAACUGUGCCACGCAGCCUUCUUGCCAUCUGUACGUCUACUCAAGGCACAGAAAUCAUGGAUAGAGAGAGCAUUCACCAAGAGAGAAUGUGUUCAUAUCAUCGUGAGCGCCAAAGACCCCCAUAGGUGCUGUUGCGGUCGCCUGAUAGGACAGCAUGUGGGUCUUCCCCCCGGCAUCUCAUCCAGUCACAAUGACAAGGUGGCACGACCAGCCAAAAAUGACAGUCUGUCUGAGAAGUGGUCCAUCAGCAAACACACUCAGCUCAGUCCCACUGAUGCUUUCGGCACUAUUGAGUUCCAGGGAGGAGGACACUCCAACAAAGCCAUGUAUGUGCGAGUGUCUUAUGACACCAAGCCGGACCUGCUGCUGCAUCUGAUGACCAAAGAGUGGCAGCUGGAGCUACCCAAACUGCUCAUCUCAGUCCACGGGGGGCUGCAGAACUUUGAAUUGCAACCCAAACUCAAGCAGGUUUUCGGCAAAGGGCUCAUCAAGGCUGCCAUGACGACCGGAGCGUGGAUCUUCACUGGAGGGGUCAAUACAGGGGUCAUUCGCCAUGUGGGUGAUGCACUAAAAGACCACGCCUCCAAGUCCCGGGGAAAGAUCUGCACCAUUGGUAUUGCUCCCUGGGGCAUUGUGGAAAAUCAGGAGGAUCUCGUUGGUAAAGAUGUGGUGCGUCCAUACCAGACCAUGUCCAACCCGAUGAGCAAGCUGACAGUUUUGAACAGUCUCCACUCACACUUCAUUCUAGCCGACAAUGGGACCACGGGGAAGUAUGGCGCCGAGGUCAAACUGCGGCGACAGUUAGAGAAACACAUCUCCUUACAGAAGAUCAACACACGUAUUGGUCAGGGUGUGCCAGUGGUGGCUCUCAUUGUGGAAGGGGGACCUAAUGUGAUCUCCAUCGUGCUGGAGUACCUCAGGGACACCCCGCCAGUCCCUGUAGUGGUGUGUGACGGCAGCGGCAGAGCCUCCGACAUCUUGGCAUUUGGUCACAAAUACUCCGAGGAGGGAGGCAUAAUUAAUGAGUCUCUGAGAGACCAGUUGCUGGUGACCAUCCAGAAAACGUUCACAUACAGCCGCACACAGGCGCAGCAUCUGUUCAUCAUUCUCAUGGAGUGCAUGAAAAAGAAGGAGCUGAUAACAGUCUUUCGAAUGGGGUCCGAGGGUCAUCAAGACAUUGACCUUGCCAUCCUCACUGCACUACUAAAAGGUGCCAACGCUUCAGCUCCUGACCAACUGAGUUUGGCUCUUGCGUGGAACAGAGUUGAUAUCGCCCGCAGUCAGAUCUUCAUCUAUGGACAACAGUGGCCUGUUGGUUCCCUGGAGCAAGCCAUGUUGGACGCCUUAGUUCUGGACCGAGUGGACUUUGUCAAGCUACUGAUUGAAAACGGAGUCAGUAUGCACCGUUUCCUCACUUUGUCCAGGCUGGAGGAGCUUUACAACACGAGACACGGCCCGUCCAACACCCUUUACCAUCUUGUCAGGGAUGUCAAAAAGCGAGAAUAUCCAGGGUUCAGUUGGAUCUACUUCAAGGGAAACCUGCCCCCAGACUACCGCAUCAGCCUCAUCGACAUCGGAUUGGUCAUUGAAUACCUAAUGGGUGGGGCUUAUCGUUGUAACUACACCAGGAAGAGAUUUAGGACUCUGUACCACAACCUUUUUGGACCCAAAAGGCCCAAAGCCUUGAAACUGCUGGGGAUGGAGGAUGACAUGCCAAUCCGGAGAGGCCGUCAGAAAACGACACGCAAGCGAGAAGAGGAGGUGGACAUCGAUUUGGACGACCCUGAAAUCAACCACUUCCCUUUUCCCUUCCACGAGCUGAUGGUGUGGGCCGUGCUGAUGAAGCGGCAGAAGAUGGCGCUAUUCUUUUGGCAGCAUGGCGAAGAGGCCAUGGCCAAAGCCUUGGUCGCGUGCAAAUUGUGUAAGGCCAUGGCGCACGAGGCGUCCGAGAACGACAUGGUCGACGACAUCUCGCAGGAGCUGAACCACAACUCCAGAGAGUUUGGCCAGUUGGCAGUGGAACUUCUGGACCAGUCCUAUAAACAGGACGAGCAGAUGGCCAUGAAGCUCCUGACGUAUGAGCUGAAGAACUGGAGUAACGCCACCUGCUUGCAGCUGGCGGUAGCGGCCAAGCAUCGGGAUUUCAUCGCACACACCUGCAGUCAGAUGUUGUUGACAGACAUGUGGAUGGGACGCCUGCGCAUGCGCAAGAACUCAGGGUUAAAGGUUAUCUUGGGCUUGCUCCUGCCGCCGUCUAUCUUGAGCCUGGAGUUCAAGAACAAGGACGAGAUGUCGUACAUGCCUCAGGACCAGGAGGCCUACUUGCAGGAGAAGGAGGAAGAGGAGCCAGAGAAGCCUGUCAAGGAGAAGGAGGAGGAAGACAUGGAGUUCACAGUAAGAUCUUACUGUGAGGCGCAGUACAACUCCGUGGCAAUGCUGGGGAAGGUUGCCACAGAGACAUCCAGGAAGAAGGACGUUGAGGAGGUUCAGAACCGCCACCGCCUCAUCCCCAUGGGACGCAAGAUCUACGAGUUUUACAACGCUCCCAUCGUCAAGUUCUGGUUCCAUACGAUGGCCUACGUGGGCUACCUAAUGUUGUUCAACUACAUUGUCCUGGUCAAGAUGGACCUGUGGCCUUCCCCUCAAGAGUGGAUCGUCAUCGCUUACAUCUUCACAAAUGGCAUUGAGAAGAUGAGAGAGAUCCUUAUGUCAGAGCCAGGGAAGUUGUUACAGAAGGUCAAGGUGUGGCUUCAGGAGUAUUGGAACAUCACAGACCUCAUGGCCAUCCUCAUAUUUUCUGUCGGCAUGGUUCUGCGUCUCCAGGAUCCCCCGCUCAUGAGCUAUGGACGGGUCAUCUAUUGCGUCAACAUCAUCUACUGGUACAUCCGGCUGCUCGACAUCUUUGGUGUCAACAAGUACCUGGGUCCCUAUGUGAUGAUGAUUGGCAAGAUGAUGAUCGACAUGAUGUACUUUGUGAUCAUCAUGUUGGUGGUCCUAAUGAGCUUUGGGGUGGCGCGGCAGGCCAUCCUCAACCCCAACGAAGACCCGUCCUGGAUGCUGGCACGGAACAUCUUCUUCAUGCCGUACUGGAUGAUCUACGGGGAGGUGUUUGCUGACCAGAUUGACCAUAUUCAUAGUAGGAAGUUACAGCACAGGCUGAAUGAAAAACUCUGGCUGGUCGAAAAUUACUUACGAACUCUCGGAACCUGGCGUAGUAGUGGUGCAUCCCACAUUGCCCAGUGCUCUCAAAAUUCCACUCCCUGUGGGCAGAACAUCACCACUGAGGAUGGAGUGCUGGUUGCUUUGCCUCCAUGUAAGACAGGCGCCUGGAUUGUCCCAGCCAUCAUGGCCUGCUAUCUGCUGGUGGCCAAUAUACUGUUGGUCAAUCUCCUCAUCGCUGUGUUCAACAAUACAUUCUUCGAGGUGAAGUCCAUCUCCAACCAGGUUUGGAAGUUCCAGCGCUACCAGCUCAUCAUGACCUUCCAUGAGCGCCCAGUCCUUCCUCCUCCACUCAUCAUCUUUAGUCACAUCACCAUGGUGCUCAAGCACCUGUGUUGUCGCUGGCGCAAGCACGAUGAUGACGAGAGGGAUUAUGGACUGAAGCUUUUCAUCACAGAGGAUGAGUUGAAGAAGGUCCACGACUUUGAGGAGCAGUGUAUAGAGGAAUAUUUCAGAGAGAAGGAUGACCGAUUCCACUCAUCUAAUGACGAAAGGAUCAGAGUCACUUCGGAAAGGGUGGAGAACAUGGCGAUGCGUCUUGAGGAAGUCAACGAGAGGGAGCACUUCAUGAAGGCCUCGCUGCAGACGGUUGACAUCCGCCUAGCACAAAUGGAGGAGUUGAUCGGACGCAUCGCAGUGGCCUUGGAGCGUGUAACGGGUGUCGAACGCGGGGAAGUCAACAAAGUUCGAUCUCGGACGUCGUCUGACUGUACUGACUCGGCAUACAUCCUCCGCCAAGGAGAGUGUCCAGACGCGGCCUACAUUCUUCGCCAAAGCAGCUUCAAUAGCACAGAGGGGAACGCGUACCGCCUGCAGGAGGCGCUCGAGUGCACCGGCGAGGGCUCCAUGUCCCCUCCGUCUCCCACCAGCAUGGCGCCACGGACGAGAAGCCAUUCGUUUUACGUUGGAGGCGGUCGCGGCAUCGAACGUGCGAGUGGCGCCGAACGGGUCGACAGCUUCUUCAAAGAGCGUUCGCUUAGUCUCCAUCGAGCCAACAGCUCGCAAUCUGUGUCGUCGUCUGCCGCCACCAAAGAGUCUAAGCCCCUGCCACUGGCGACGCUGUCAGUCUCCCAGCAGCACCGUCCAUCGUCAUGCAUCGAUAUCUAUGUCUCUACUUCUGAGGAGGUGGCACCCGCAGAGCUUUUUCUGAAUCCACUGCGUGUGGUCCCGCCCCUCCAUAGAGAAGCGUCAGUGCAGUCUGAGAUCGUCGAGACGGUGCUGCCGGGAGGCCGAGACUUCAGCAGCGCCACCACCAGUGGUUUGGGCGACAGGCACUCGGAGGGCGGUGCGGGCAGCAACGGGACAGCCGCAGCCAUGUUUGACGACAGCGCGGCAGCUGAUUUGUCCCUGUGUUCAGCUCACCUGUUACCUGACACCACCAUUCCCCCUUGGGACACAGACCCGUCGCCGCCCCCCUCGGCUGGACCGCUGGAGCGCUCGAAGAGCAGCCGCCUCCUCUCCACAGUGGGCACAUCCUUCCUGGAAGAGCCUCCUUUGGUCAAGUCCCACAGCCUCAUGUUCACGACGAGGAGCUGUUACGGCGGACUGGGUGCGGGCGUCCAGGUAAAAGCUGCAGAGUACACCAGCAUCACUGACUGCAUCGACACGCGCUGCGUCUCCUCACCGUACACCCCCGUAGAACGCUCGCACUCCCCCGGAGGCUCCACCUCUUUCACUUUUGAUAAGCCCUCAGACAUUGGCUCCUCUCAUCCAGAGAGAGAGGCCGAGCUCAGUCAAACAGAGUCUGAUCCGGAGGACCCCGAGGACCUGAAUCCAGUCCCUGACACCCCUCGACUGGGGACUCUCAGCGGACCCGGCAGGGCCCCUCUCUGCGCCCCCUUCUCCAGGCUGGAGCGAGCGAACAGCUGUUCUUCAGACGACUCCCAUCCUGCGCUCACGCUGGCCCCUCCGCACAGGAAGAGCCUGUCGGUGAGUGAAAGGAUGGAGAGGGGACCGGGUCUGGGCGCAGAAAGGGGGCCUGGGCCCGGGGCUCGGGGUCUGGCAGGAACCAGAAACCCCUUCCUCAGGAGCAAGUCCGGGGCACGGCCUGACACAGCCAAGACUGACAGCCUCUCCAUGAGGAAGCUGGCCGCUCCCUCAGCAUUCCGCAGCUUCGAUAGACAGAACUACACGUGACAAGACACACAACACACACACACAUCACACACACUGAAAGGACCAGGGAAGUAGGAAAGUAGGGAAAGCAUGAAAGCGGGACCAUCUUGCCCUUAGAUUUCCACCUGAACCAGAUCUUUAGUGCAUUUGGGAUCAGCAAUUGGAGUGUGUGAGCGGGUCCUUCUGUACACCUGAUAAAAACAAAGAUGGAUGAAUUUAGGUUAGGUUUACCUAUUCCCCACGUGUAGCUAAUUUAACUUUCAGUGGAAGCUGUGUUUGUGCUGUUUGUCUUCCACCCACCACCUUUCCAUCAUCUUUAUGUCUCAGUCGUGUUGUGGAAGAAAGAAACUGGAACUGCAAAGGUAAGACAAAGAUAAGGAAGUAAUGCAUUUAAAACAUGAAUAUAUGGUAUUUUCUCUUAGCAUCGUGUUCAUUUUAUAACGCAGCACUAUGUCACUGUCAUGGCAACCAAAAGGGACAACUUUAUGACAUGUAAUGUGUCAAGUCACACCUGUCAGCAAUCUGGCAUGCGGUGAUUCAUGCAGUAAACACAAGGACAAAUGGCCGCGUGAUAAGAGCGAAAAACUCGUGCGUAAGGCGGUGUGUAAAAGAAGGAAGGGGGGGACAUGACACUAAAUAUGUCUUCAUCCAUUUAAUCAUCAUCAUCAUACACUCGGCUCCUCUUCACCUGCAACCAAAAUUAUAUCUACUCAAAGAAUAGUUGUUGUUUCACAGCUUGCGCCUCCUCAUUCCGUCCUCUGUCACUGCCAAAUGUUUGACAUUUGCUUUCAUUUAACUGGACAUAUUUUUAAAGUUUGCAAUUAUCACUUGACUAAGCCAAGGUCAAAUUACAUCCAAAGGACGCUGCUUUACGUCCCCUUAUUUUACACAACAGCUUUCCCAUAAAUUUGGAUGUUGUUCAGUCUUUGUUAUUGAGUUCAUAGUCUGCAAUGGUUUUGAACUGGACUUUAAUAUUCUGGACACCCUACUUACGUAUACACUACUGUGUACAAGUCGUAGGCCACCUCUGGCUUUGCAGUUUUGUUCUUUUUUUUUAAAUUUUAUUUCUUUUCUUAUUUUUAAACAGUCAUCACUUAACAUUAUAAAACAAGGAUAUCAAAAAAAAUAAUCAAAAUAAAUACUGCAUCAAUCCAGGAAGAAUCUACUACAGGCUGAUGCUGAUCCUUAAAUAGUCUUACAUUUUGAGAUUCAGGACCUUAGUAGUGUGUGUGUGUGUGUGUGUGUGUGUGUGUGUGUGUGUGUGUAUAUAUAUAUAUAUAUAUAUAUAUAUAUAUAUAUAUAUAUAUAUAUAAACAUGCCUGUGUUAUUGUAGCAUUAAAUGAAAGGCAUACUUUGUACUUCCUACUCCACACAAUGUUUUUCCCCACAAAAAUGUUAUCCAGGCUGUUGCACAGUUUAGAAAUAAUGUUUUCUUCAUAAAAUGCAAUUCCGUCAUGUCCCUUGACAAUGUUUUUGAGAAUUAGCAUCAUCACCAUCAACCCUAAUGCGGAUAAGAUGUAGAAAUUGGAUAGAUGGAUUUUGUCGGGUAUACAUAAGGUAGCUUUAGUGAGUUUGCAUUAAUAAAACUCCGACCUCCGAGCUGCAUUAAUUGUAAAAAUGUUCCAUACUUCCACAGUAAUUAAAAAAUAUGCUCACAAACAUUCUCAAAAUAUUCCAUCCAUCCAUUUUCUGAGCCACUUCUCCUCACUAGGGUCACGGGCGUGUUGGAGCCUAUCCCAGCUAUCA